AUGUAUAGGUUGUAGCUACCAAUAAUAAUCAUUGUCGAAUCAGACAUACAGUCUAUAACUCAUUUUUUCGUAAAUUAUUAUCAAAUUAAAUAAAGAAUAUCGUUAAACAUCUACAGAAAUGGCCACUACCGUUGAACCCAUUCCCGAUGUUGAAAUGACGGAUGUAUCGGAUUCACAAGAAAAGAAAGAUGCCGCGGUCGUUCAAGAAAUAAGAGAUAAUAUUCGACAGAUUGAAAAGGCCGUUCAAACAAAAGAAGCUCGUUUCAUGUUGCGUGUUUUGCGAUUGUGGUCAGUCACCAGGCGCAAGCUUAACGCUGUUGUUCUUUGGUCCAUCAUCAAUGGAUUUUACACGCACUCUGCUUCUGACAAAGAUUUAUUGUUAACAUAUAUCACUACUCCAACUGAUAUACCAGAAGUGAUUAAAAUGCGUACAGGAAAAAAUGCAACUGGAGUUCUAUUACCUGAGAUUGAUGGUUAUAUCCGUUUGUUAGUGUUAGUACAACUUAUUGAUAAAGAAGAUUACAAAAAGGCAGUAGAGUUCUCUGAUCUUCUUAUGGCGAAGUUAAUUGACAAAAAUCGACGAACACUUGAUUUGAUUACUGCUAAAGCUUAUUUCUAUCACAUGAGAUGUUAUGAACUAACCGACCAACUACAUAAAGUUAAAGGAUUCUUUUACAACCGACUUAGAACGGCUACACUUAAAAAAGAUUAUGAAGGACAAGCUGUUCUCAUUAACUGUUUAUUACGUAAUUAUUUACAUUAUAAUCUUUAUGAUCAAGCUGAUAAGUUGGUUCAAAAAUCAGUAUUUCCAGAACAAGCGAGUAAUAAUGAAUGUGCUCGCUUCCUUUACUAUCAAGGUCGCAUUAAAGCUGCUCGUCUUGAAUAUUCAGUUGCACACAAAAAUUUAGUUCAGGCUUUACGUAAAGCACCUCAAAAUUCAGCCAUCGGUUUUAGGCAAACUGUACAAAAGCUGGCUGUCACUGUGGAGUUAUUAUUGGGAGACAUUCCUGAAAGGUAUAUAUUUCGCCAAGCUAGUCUACGCAAGGCUUUGGUACCAUAUUUUCGUCUUACCCAAUCUGUCCGUUUGGGUGAUUUAACCAUGUUCAGUGAAACACUAGAAAACUUUAAGAAGAAUUUCCUUAGCGAUCACACUUAUAUGUUGAUUGUUCGUUUACGUCACAAUGUCAUUAAGACUGCUAUAAGAGCUAUUGGCUUAUCAUACUCGCGCAUUUCAGUUGAUUAUAUUGCUGAAAAACUUGGGUUAGACUCACCUAAAGAUGCUGAAUUUAUUAUUUCAAAAGCUAUUAGAGAUGGUGUCAUACAAGCUACAAUUGAUCCUGAACAUGGGUAUGUGCAGAGCAAAGAACCUAUUGACAUUUACUGCACACUAGAACCAUUGAUUGCCUUCCAUCAGCGUAUUUCAUUCUGUUUGAAUUUGCAUAAUGAUAGUGUAAAAGCUAUGCGUUAUCCUCCUAAAUCAUAUGGCAAGGAUUUAGAAUCUGCUGAAGAACGCCGUGAGCGCGAACAACAGGAUUUGGAAUUGGCUAAAGAGAUGGCGGAAGAAGAUGACGAUGGUUUCCCUUAAAUUUAAAUAUUUUCAUAAUAAUAACCAGUUAUUUUUUUUUUUUAUACAUUUAUUAUAAGAAGUACUUCUAACAUUAAGGUGUCUUAUAUAUAAAAAUAUAUUUCAUAUGUAAAAAAUUAAAA